CCUCCGGCGCAGGCGCACGCAGUGGCCGCGGGUCGGGCUCGGCGGAGCGGUGGCGGCUGCGCGUCAUGGCCGCCGGCCGCCUCCCGCCCGGCGCGCUCAGCCUGAGGCAGUUCCUGCGGCGGCAGCAGGUUCUGCAGUUGUACAGGAACAUCCUGCGGGCCAUUCGCCACGUCCCUGCCGAAGCUGAUCGCCGCUAUCUAAAGGACUGGGCCAGGGAGGAAUUCCGGAGAAAUAAGGAUGCUACAGAAGAGGAUGCCAUCAGGAUGAUGAUUACUCAAGGCAACAUGCAACUUCAGGAACUUCAGAGAACGCUUAAACUGGCCAAAUCCUGACCUUAGUUUUGUUGAGAGCUGGACUUUUCAUCUGCUGUGAAGAAGCACGGUGUUUCUUUCCAGAGUGUGGUUGUAACAGCGGCCUUUGCUGACACCCUGGUAAUGUUUAAAGAUAGAAUCUACCACAGUGGGGUUUUCUUGUUUUCCCUCUUGGUUUGGUUACCCUUCUGUGUGGGGGUUGAGUGACUGGGAAGAUCUGAAUGGAUGAUGUAGCAUGUGCUGCAGGAAAAGCAGUGCUGAGAAUUAAAACAGUCCUGCAGUGUUGUGCUGAGGAAAUGGAAAAUAAAUCCAAGAGAGAUUC